CGGGUUUUAUAAAGUCACCGCUGUCUCAAAAGAGACUGACUCAGGACAGCGUGGAGCUGUACUGCGAGGCCAUUGGCACCCCCAUCCCCGAGAUCCAGUGGUGGUUUGAGGGCAACGAGCCCAAUGAGACCUAUGCUCAGCUCUGGGAUGGAGCACGGCAGGACCGGGUCAGGAUCAACGCCACCUACAACCUGCACUCCACCAGCACCAUCUCCAUCACAAACCUCACCAGCGACGACUCGGGCAUGUACGAGUGCCGGGCCAGCAACGACCCCGACCGCAACCACUUGUCCAAGAGCCCCAAAGUCAAGUGGAUCCGUUCCCAGGCGAACGUGUUUGUCAUCGAACGUCCAGACAUCAAAGCUCAAGUAACGGGUGUUUCUGGGAAGCUGGUCCUCGCCUGCAACAUGACUGGGCAGUAUCUUCCCAUCCAGGGGCACGAGUGGACGCACGGCGACAAGAUCCUUCAGACGGAUGCGGACGCAAGCGCUUUCACCAGCUACACGAUCGAAGGGAAGAUGGAAGAGCACUCUGGUGUCUAUGAAUGCGUCUACAAAACAAACCCAGUGAUAAAAGGACAUUUGAAUAUCUCAGUUCCACCCCAGGUGACGGCGUACAAGAAGUCUGAGCAUGGCAAUGAGGGGGACACAGGAGUGCUGGUCUGCAAGUGCAACUCCUUCCCCCCUGUCACCUCUUGGGUCUGGUACAAACAUGGGCAAGAGCCCAUCAUCAAUGGUUCUGGUCGCUACAUCAUCAAGUCCAGUGGCAACAGGACAGAGUUACGCAUCCUGAAGCUGAGCAUCGAGGAGGACUCGGGUGACUACCACUGCAAUGCCACCAAUGCCUACGGGCAGGGCACCGCCACGGUGAGCCUGCGCGUCCGCAGCCGCCUGGCAGCCCUCUGGCCCUUCCUGGGCAUUGUGGCAGAAGUCCUUGUUCUUGUCACCAUCAUCUUCAUCUAUGAGAAGAGGAGGAAGCCAGAUGAGGUUCUUGAUGAUGAUGAUGGAGGCUCUGCCCCACUGAAAAGCAAUGCCACAAACCACAAGGACAAGAACGUCCGCCAGAGAAACGCUAACUGA